UUGACACGAGAGAGAUCUAGCGCGCAACAGUCGGACGGAACAGCGAGGAAUGGGAACAGGCGCAGGCCAGAUAGAGAACAAAGGAAGAACGAGGAAGGGUUCUUACCAGAAUAAAGCAGAGAGAGCAAAGCAGAAAGGGAUUAAAAAAGAGAUUCUCCUGCCGACAUUGGAGCUCCGGCGAUUACAGAUCUAAAAGAGUUCGGAAUCCCGUUAAGCGCCAUCGAAUCCUGGGAUGGAAUCGAUCAUUGCCCGGGCUCUCGAGUACACGCUCAAGUACUGGCUUAAAUCUUUCUCCAGGGAUCAGUUUAAGCUCCAGGGCCGCACCGCUCAGCUAUCCAAUCUAGACAUUAAUGGGGACGCGCUACAUGCGAGCCUCGGCCUGCCCCUGGCUCUGAAUGUGACCACCGCACGAGUUGGGAAGCUGGAGAUCACGCUACCUGCCGUUUCUUACGUUCAAACGGAUCCGAUUGUUGUCCAAAUCGACAGACUUGAUCUGGUACUCGAGGAGAAAUCUGAGGAAGACAAUGAGUGGAGCUCGAGCAGUGUCCAGUCGUCAACAAGCGCUGCAAAGGGCAGUGGAUAUGGAUUUGCUGACAAGAUUGCAGAUGGAAUGACUUUGGAAGUACGAACAGUUAAUCUUAUGCUUGAAACACGGGGUGGCACUCGACGGCAAGGAGGCUCUGCUUGGUCAUCGCCAUUGGCAGCUAUUACAAUUCGCAACCUUUGGUUAUAUACAACUAAUGAAAAUUGGGAGGUUGUCAACUUGAAGGAAGCAAGGGACUUCUCCAAUAAUACAAAAUUCAUUUAUGUUUUCAAGAAGUUGGAAUGGAAUUCUCUAUCAAUUGAUCUCUUGCCUCAUCCUGAUAUGCUUUCGGAUUCACAAUUAUCCUCAAGCAAUGGAAUGAAUGGAAGAGAUAAUGAUGGUGCAAAAAGGGUGUUCUUUGGGGGUGAAAGGUUUUUGGAAGGAAUCUCUGGGCAAGCCUAUAUAACAGUGCAAAGGACCCAACAAAAUAGUCCGCUGGGUCUGGAGGUUCAGCUACAUAUCACUGAAGCUGUAUCUCCUGCUUUUAGUGAACCAGGUUUACGUGCUUUUCUUCGGUUCAUGACGGGAUUGUAUGUUUGUUUGAAUAGGGGAGAUGUUGACCCAAAGGCUCAGCAGCGCUCCGCUGAGGCUGCUGGUCGUUCCUUGGUUUCGAUUAUCGUAGAUCAUAUUUUUCUCUGCAUCAAGGAUGUUGAUUUUCAGCUCGAACUUCUAAUGCAGUCACUUUCUUUCUCUAGGGCUAGCGUAUCUGAUGGCGAGAUUACGAAAAAUUUGACUCAAGUUAUGGUUGGUGGACUGUUUCUAAGGGAUACCUUUGCUAGCCCUCCGUGCACUUUAGUUCAGCCAUCAAUGCAAGCUGUUCCAGAGGAAUCUCUGCAAAUUCCAGAAUUUGGAAAGAAUUUUUCUCCACCAAUCUAUCCUUUUGGAGAUAAGCAGAUAAAGUUCAAUAUUGAUGUGCCUCUUAUUCGUCUCUAUUCUCUUCAGAUUACUCCUUCGCCUUCCCCCCCAACCUUUGCUUCUCAGACGGUCAUUGACUGUCAACCUCUUUCGAUUAUUCUCCAGGAAGAAUCAUGUUUGAGGAUCUCCUCUUUCUUAGCUGAUGGUGUGGCUGUGAAUCCUGGCACUGUCUUGCCUGAUUUCUCCAUCAAUUCCUUGCUGUUCACUCUGAAAGAGUUGGAUCUAACUAUUCCUUUGGACUUUAAAAAGCCUGUUGGCCUUUAUUCAACUAGAGAAUUCCAUUCUCCUGCCUGCUUUUCUGGUGCAAGGCUUCAUGUGGCAGAUUUGUAUUUCUUGCAAUCACCAUCAAUAAGAUGCAAUUUACUGAAUUUGGACAAAGAUCCUGCUUGCUUUAGCUUCUGGGAUCACCAACCUAUUGAUGCCAGCCAAAAGAAGUGGACAACUCAAGCUUCUCUGCUUAGUCUUUCACUUGAAACCUGCAAUAGCUUGAUAGCAGAGCAGACACGGCCCGCGAAUUCGCCCACGGGGCUCUGGAAGUGUGUUGAAGUGCACAAAGCCUGCUUCGAGGCAGCUAUGGUCACUCCAGAUGGCAGACCUUUGGUUGAUGUGCCCCCUCCAGGAGGUGUUGUUAGAAUAGGAGUUUCUUGUCAAGGAUAUUCAUCAAACACUUCUGUUGAGCAGCUACUCUUUGUCUUAGAUAUCUAUGCUUAUUUUGGUAAAGUUAGUGAAAAUAUUAAUAAAGUUUGUAAAAACAGUAACAGCAGAAGCGGGUUUUUGGGUAAGAAGUUUAUGGAAAAGCUUCCUAGUGACACUGUAGUUAGUUUAACUGUAAGUAGCCUACGUCUUAUGUUUCGUGAGUCUUAUUCUUUGGAUGUUCAAGGUAUUCCUUUAGUUCAGUUCACCGGAGAAGAUUUCUUCAUGAAAGUUUCCCACCAGACUCUGGGUGGUGCUUUCGCCGUGUCGACCAGUUUGCUUUGGAACAGUGUGUGUAUCAACUGUGUAGAUGAUGUGUUACCUCCCAGGAGGUUCAUAGGUGCUGCUUGUGAGCAUGACUUGCAGGGAGAUGAGAAUGGUUUCCCUCAAAUGAGACCUGUUUGUUGGAUUGAUAACCGGAGUAAGAAUCAAAUCCAUGCAGUCCCAUUUCUUGAUGUGUCUAUCUUGCAUGUUGUGCCUUACAAAAUGCAAGAUGUUGAAUGCCAUAGCUUGAAUGUCUCUGCAAAAAUUUCUGGUGUGAGGCUUGGUGGUGGAAUGAACUAUACCGAGGCUCUUUUGCAUCGGUUUGGCAUCCUUGGACCCGAUGGCGGCCCCGGUGACAGUCUCACAAAAGGAUUGGAAAAUUUGUCUUCUGGGCCUCUUGCAAAUCUCUUCAGACCAUCAUCACUGAUGGAUACCAGCAAGGAAAAUACAGAGGAUCCAGUGAUGCUUUUGGAGCUAGGAAUGCCGGAUGACAUUGAUGUGUCCAUAGAGUUGAAAAAUUGGUUGUUUGCUCUUGAAGGAACAGAGGAGAUGAGAGAAGGGUGGCAGUAUUGCAAUGGGGAGAAUUUCACUAGAGAGGAAAUGUGUUGGCACACCACAUUCCAGAAUUUACAAAUGAAAGCAAAAAGAUCUCGCAGAAGUCAUUCAUAUGGAACAGGAAAGUUGCAGAAGGCCGGGAACCAUCCUUUGGAAUUGAUUGUGGUGGGCAUUGAGGGUUUGCAGGCCUUGAAGCCUAGGUCCGGCAACGCUCACUCCGAAGUAGGCACUCUAGGAGCCAUUAGUGAUACCGGAGGUGUUAAUAUUGAAGCUCAAUUAGUUCUUUCUGAUCCUGAGAGCGCCGAGGAAGCCAAGUGGACUGUAGAGAAUAUCAGAUUCUCGGUUAAACAACCAAUAGAGGCGGUUGUCUCGAAGGACGAACUUGAGCACCUUGCCGCACUUUGCAGGUCGGAAGUGGACUCAAUGGGAAGGAUUGCUGCAGGUAUUCUGCGGGUUUUAAAGCUCGAGGACUCGAUCGGCCUGGCUACUAUAGAUCAGCUCAGCCAUCUUGGAAGUGAGAGCUUAGACAAAAUCUUUAGUGCUUCAGAUAAACUUAGCAGGCGCAGUAGCAUCAGCAAUGUAAACUUCACACCUACAUCAAACGCCAUUGUUGGGAGUCCAAAUACUAACUUGAAUUCCACCAUUUCUUUACUGGAAACUGAGCUUCAAGAAUCACAGGAAAAGUGCUCGGCCCUUCUUUCCGCAUUUGGCAGCUCAUUAGAUUCAUCUGAACAUGUUUCAGAUAUCAAGAAGCUUAAAGAACAACUGGAGAAUAUGCAGACUUUGCUGACAAGAAUGAGGACUUUGCUUUAGUUCAUAAGCUUCAAAUUUUUGGCCUACGUUCUGUGUUUUCAUUCUUUACUUGUUCAUAUAUUUGUAUGUAGGUUGUAAACUAUAGGAUAGAAUAAGGAAACUGGAUGGCAGUUAUGGUUUAGCAAGCUGAGAUCUGUUUGGUAAUGGCUUUUCUAUCGCUUCAGCUUCCAAAAACCAAACGUGAGGUCAGUGUAGGGUUGUAAGGUUUUUAUUACAUUAGCUUAGUAUUCAUUUAUAUACGAUAUGCUUAUAUUUGUUUGUUUAAAAAA